AUGGACUAUUGGAUUGUUAAGGUUUUGGGUUUUUUCAUUUCAUGGUUGGCCUGAAGGAUCUAAAGAUGAGAACCAUUUUUGUUCUCUUAAUGAUAUAUAUGGUGUUAUGCAAGAGUGUAGCAGAAGGAGAUAGAAGUCUCUCCAAAAAAGAUGACAAUCUGGAUUUGGGGUUGCAACUCAAGCUUCUUAACAAACCAGCAGUGAAGUCCUUAUAUACUAAAUAUGGAGAUAUUUAUGAUUGUGUGGAUAUCAAGAAGCAACCAGCCUUUGAUCAUCCUUUACUCAAAAAUCAUACCAUUCAGAUGAAACCCAGUUCCUUUCCAACAGGGUUGAUUGAUGAAGAAUUAUUAGAAUCUAUACCUUCCAAAACUGAAAUCAAGAGUAUUAGGUGUCCACCACAGACCGUCUUAAUAAGGAGGACUCAAAAGGAAGAUAUAGUAAGGGCCAAAUCUCAAGUAAGAAGAUAUCCUAGAAAUGCCCAUCGGCUCAAAGCAAAACCUGGAUAUCAUUAUGCAACAUUUCAAGUAGAAAUAUCGGAUUUGAAGUAUUAUGGCGCCAAAGUAUCCUUAAGCUUGGAUCAACCAAAGGUUUCUUCAACCAACCAAUUCAGUGAAGCAGUGUUAUGGGUUGAAAAUGGGCCCAUAGAUCAAAUCAAUAGUAUCCAAGUUGGAUGGACAGUAAAUCCAAAGUUAUUUGGUGAUAACAGAACUCGAAUUUUUUCUUAUUGGACGGCAGAUGGAUUUCACAAGACAGGUUGCUUUAAUCUCCUCUGCCCAGGUUUUGUUCAAGUCAGUCGUGUAAAGACCAUAGGUAUGGCCUAUGAGUUAGUCUCCGUAUACGGGGGACCAAAAUAUGAAGAUCAUUUUUAUGUGUUCAAGGAUCCAAAAUCUGGAAAUUGGUGGUAUACUGGGUAUAAAAAUGGAAGAAAUGAGCCUGUUGGAUAUUGGCCAUCAUCCCUGUUCACUUCCUUAAGAGACUUUGCAAAUACAAUAUCAUCUGGUGGGGAGGUCUAUAACCCUACAAAUGAACAUAGCUUUCAGAUGGGAAAUGGCCAUUUCCCAAUGGGCAACACUCUUUUGGCAAGUUCUGCUAGAAGGUUACAAUACGUGGAUCAGAAAUCUAUCCUAGGGGAUGUUCAUACUUCUUUAUUGAGGUUUAAAGUGAGUAGUCCUAAAUGCUAUAAGGCAGAAUUUGUGAAACCUAACCGAGUGUAUUGGAUAAAUUCGAUAUUAUUUGGAGGACCAGGUGGUGCAUGUUGAAUUUGACAUUCCAUUAAUAAGUUUUUGAGUCUCAUCAUUGAACUAUUAAUGUGCUCAAAUGUUUCUAGGAUUAAUGGUUCUUAUAUGAGAUGAUAUGUUUGGAAAA